CAAUCUGGCAACACUUGCUAAGGCCGGCUCAGUAAGAAAAAUGUAUGCGUUUACACAUAUAAAAACAUUAAGGUGUCAUCUAUUAUCUCAGGAAACCCCCGGCUACCAUCCUUCUCCCAUCUACAAGGACUGGAUUCAAUUAUUUGAAGUUGAAUGAUUUGAUGGUCGGAUUCCUCUUUUGAUGGCCUCUCAUUCCUCAUCCUGAACCUCACCAGAGACAUGUUGCCAUCAGUAUCUCCUUUUGAAGAUGUACUUCGCUUGAAGGGCAUCUCAUAAAAGAGAAACAGCUUCUGGCUAAGUAAUUAGCCAAAAUCAUUAACCUACCAACAGUUUCAACAUAGAUGUAUUGGCUUGCCAUUCAUGCAAGCCAACGCCCCAAAUACGAAACUCUGUUUUGUGGUCACGCCCUAUUUGGGUCAGUGGAAGGUCAUAGUGCUCGGCUGAUGGAGUUAGAAGUGGACAAGCUUUCUAUAAUAAAAGUGGAAAUCUUAUAAAGGAAAAUUACCAACAAACCAAACAAAUGUUGUAAGUCACAUAGACACCACAUUCAGCUUCAAGCGCCAGGAACACCCGAAGUUGCGGUAGAUCAGGGUAGCCAAAGAAAGUUAUUGAAAAGCUGUUUUAGUUUAUGAAUAAUAGAUACCGUUGAACUUUUAUAUUUGAAAGCUUAAAAGUUGGCGGCUUAUCUUAACCGUCCGGCAAUCCAGCAAAGAAUUUCUGGCAACGCUGAUCGCAUAAGUAUUUUUCGUUAAUCGCGGUACGGUCACACUGGCCCGCCAUGCACAUUCUAAACGUAAACAAUCACUUUUAUAAUUGCAUUUUUCACUAAAAUCUUACACAAUGUCACUGCAAAAAGUUAAAGUAAUUGACCAAAAGGAGUACUUGAAGAAAUACCUAUCGGGCGACAAAGAGAAGAAGAAGAAAAAGAAAGACAAGAAGCUUAAAAAGACCGCCAAAGUAAAAAUCAUUGAUGACGAUGCCUACGAAGACAAUGGCCAGGAAAUGGACGAGGAUCUUCUCUUUGGAGGCGAAGAUGCACCACAAAUCGUGGCCGAGUACAUCGAGGACGAUCCCAGUGCUCGCAGCAAAUGGCGCAACAUCGCCGUAAAGGACGAAAUCAAAGAGGAAAGCGGCGAAUCUCCGCCAGCGCCUGCUAUUCGCAUCAAACAAGAGCCCCUUGACGACGAGGAGGAUCUGUGGGGCCGGAAAGCCGCGACUGUCAAAGUGAAAGAUGAAUUCUCUCCCCAAAAACGACAAAUCAAGCAGGAGAAACGCAGCAGGUCCAGGGAUCUAAGUCCGGAAAGGUCAAAAAAGAAGAAAAACCAUCCAGACCAGAGUCCUCCCAGAAGAAAAGCUGACAGAGAUCAAUCCCCGCGUGGCAGGAAACGAAAAGACUCGGAUCAAUCACCCCCUAGACGAGCGAGAGAUAGUCCACCAAGAAGGCGCCAGGAUGCAUCUCCGGUUAGAAAACGAAGAAGUUCGGAUCAAAGCCCGCCAAGAAGACGCAGAGACGAUGACCAGUCGCCGCCGAGGAGAAGACGAAACGAUUCAGACCAAAGCCCGCCCAGAAAACGAAGAGAACCGUCGCCAGUUCGAAGAAGAAGGGAUUCCGACCAAAGUCCACCAAGGAAGCGAAGGGAUGAUGAUCUCUCACCACCCAGAAGGAAAAGCCCACCUAGAAGACAAGACGAUGAUCAGUCUCCUCCUAGAAGGAGGAGAAAAGAUUCAGAUCAGAGCCCGCCAAGGCGCCAGUCUCCCGUUCGCAGAAGAAGAGAUUCAGACCAGAGUCCUCCACGUCGACGACGUUCCAGCAGUGGUGAGCGUAAACCUCGCCGGGAUCAGAGCUCGCCUCCUCGCAAUCGGUUCAAAAAAGAAACUAAAAGAAAAAGUCGGUGGGCCAAGGAAUCCCCCAAACGGUCCCUCUCUCCGCCGCCCACCCACAAGCCAAAAUCCAGCAAGACACUGGAUGGCAAGAAGGCCGGUCUCCAGGAUGCACAGUCCCUCAAAAAAGAAUCGGAUGAAAGGCGUCGUCAGGAACACGACUUAUUUGAGAAGAUGUCCAGCGAGGUGUCCGGUCGAGAUGCAGAAGUUCAGAUGCGCAGCACUGGCCGAAAAGGACGCCGGGCUCGCGAUGCCGCCGACGAGGAUCCGGCCGAGCAGCGUCGCAAGGAGGAACACGAGAAGAAAAAGAAGGAACUGUACGAUCGCUGGGGCAAGGGCCUCAAGCAGAUCGAGGAUCAAAAAUCACGAAUGGAGGAGAUGGCACACGAGGCGUCGAAACCGGUGGCACGAUACGCCAACGACGAGGACCUGGACCGUCAUCUGAGGGAGCAGGAGCAUGCCGACGAUCCCAUGCUGGAGUACAUACGUUCCAAGCGAAAAAAACGCGACCAACAAUCGAAUCAGCCGGUGAUGCCAAAGUAUGAGGGCAGCUAUCCCGAGAACCGUUUUGGCAUUCGACCAGGCUAUCGGUGGGAUGGCGUGGACCGAUCCAAUGGCUACGAAAAGCGAUGGUUCGACAAACAAAACGAGAAGCGGGCGGUGCAGGACGAGGCCUACAAGUACAGCGUAGAGGAUAUGUAAAUUUGUAUAUCCCUUUUUAUUGUUUUAGAUUUUUAUUUGCAAUAAAACUGUUACAACUGUCCUGUAACCAUAAUUAAAACA